CGGAUGGCCGUUUGUUUUCCUCGUCCAUAUCGCCUCGCCUCGCAUAAACUCGUCCACACGGCCUCGUCUGUGGCCCACUGCUCGUGUCUCUCCGUCGCCGCACCACUGCGUCCAUCUCCGCUUCACCGUCUGCGUCGCCAAUCCCUACCCAGUCGCCGAUAACGCCAGAAAUCGCCACCGGGGCUUUCGAAGCAACUGCUCAUGCACCGCAUCGCCUUUUGCCUCGACCACCGUCUCAUUUGAAUACCAGGCCAUCUUCGUGACUGCGACUCCCUACCCUCAGACGCUCGCACUCGAGCCAUACAAGUCAUGCAAACCGGCACCGCGCCUCAGCCAGCUCCCCACCAUGGCCAUCCUCGCCCGAGUCUGGGUCUGAUCGUACCCGUCGAGCAGGCGCUCGUCCGCUGUGACGAUAAGCUGCUGUCUAUCGCGCUGCAAGCCAGUGUUGGCGGCAAGCGGGACCGGCUCUUGAUUCCCGUCGAAAUCGUCUUGAUGAUCCUUUCCCACUACCACGACCCCAAGGAGUUGAUCCUGCUGGCCCGCGUCAGUCGAUGUUGGUAUCUGUGUGUCUUUGUGCGGCUGUGGUCCAACAUCCGCAUAAAAUCCCACAAGGGCCUCUCCAGACUGCUCGUGGCUACCCGCAACCUCAAUCGUCUCUACGAGUUCCAUCGUCGGCAAUAUCAGCUGCAGGAAAGCAAGAACGUGAUUCACUGCAGCCCAGACGACGCUAUUGCUUCUGCCACCGGCGCCAUCACAGGCCCGCUCGCUCAGCGAGGCGACACAGCACUGACGGUGUCUUUGCACCCGACGGCCCUCCGCCAUGCUGUGGGCUCGGAGGAAAGCACAGAGUCCCCAACCACCCCGACUCAUGACUUUGGGGCCGUUGCCUUUGUCGCUGGCCAAUCACCAAUCAAAGAGAUCGAAAUCGAGGUCGAGGCAGAAUCAGCACAGCCAAUGCCGUGGGGGAAAGCAUCGCAGCCAUCCUCCGCAUUGCCCUCGCAAAAGCCGACCAAGCAAUCGGUCUUGGUAUGGAUCAAGUCCAUCAUACCCUGUGAUUCGGCUGUGCACGACACAGAAGAUGACACCCGUCCGUACGAUCGCUCCAGGGAUCUUCAAGAACGGACCCGAGGGCCUGUCCCUCCCCCAGCCGCAGGGAUUGCUGCAAAGGACGGACAGUCCAUAAAAUGGCUUCGCAGGGUCUUUCCGUUCCUGGAUCUCAAGGAUCGGCGAUACCUCAAAAUCAUCACAAAGAUGUCGUGGAGAAACGCCUACCCACAGCAGUAUGUGAAAGAGAUCAACUUUUCCGACUAUGAGUUCCCGAUGAUUGGCGGCCGGGACUCGUUCUUUGGGCUCUUGUCAAAGUUGAUGGGCGAGCUCCCACACUACUAUAGCAUCGUCAUGCCUGCAGCCCCCAUCACCAAACCCCAUUCGCUCUAUCAGCGCGCAACCGGCCUGGUCAACCUCGAUUUGCACUGCGCCGAGAUCCGCUCGACGAAACAGCUGAUCCUCGCCCUCUCGGCACACUGUCCCAAUCUCAAGAGAGUGGUGUUCCCCGACUCGCUGUGCAUCGACAAGCAGCUGGAGCCGAGCGACUUUGCCAACUUGGCGAUUCAAUGCCCGCUACUUCGCAGCAUCCGGGUCCUGGGCAACAAAUCUAGGCUCCAUGUGCGUUCGUCGCUGCUCCCCCACCUGUUUGAAAACUGUCGAAACCUGGAGAAUGUGACGCUCAAGAACCUUUGCUGCUUCGACAUCGAUCGAAUACUAUCGUCCAUUGUCGUUCACAACGCCAACAUCCGCCACCUCCACAUCGAGUGCCGCUUCUCCAACAUCGCCAACGAGCAGAUCGAGGCCUCGACCGUGUACACCCCGCACCUCAAGUUUUUGCAGCUGACCCCGAUCAACGUCUCGGACGCAGUCCUGGCUAGGGUCGUCCAGCACUGCCAAAAUCUCAACUACCUCAAUCUGUCUGGAUCCAACUCGCUCACGGACGCUGGAGUCGACCUCGUGUCGCGCGAGCUCAAGUUUAUCAAGCGCUUGGAUCUGACAAAAUGCUUCCGAGUGACGGCGAAGGCUCUGGAAUCGCUGGCGCUCCACGCCAAACGACUGCAGACGCUGAUUCUGUAUCACACCUUUGACUUUAUAUCGUUUUCAGAAGUGCACGGCGCACUCUAUGCCAUCAUUGACCACUGCCCAGCCAUCUAUGGCAUCGCUCUCACCAUCAGCUCGGAGUAUGGCCUGGACCUCAAGCACGAAUGGGACGCGAUGAGCUGCAUCGCCCAUUCCCAUUACGUCUGUCCAUGCUUUUCGUUGAUGAGCUUCCACUUCUACUUCAAGGGACGAGAGUCGCUUCGGAGAUGGAAGAUAGUCUCGAUGGACAUGCCGGACAAGCCAUCGCUCUUUGUGCAGUAGGCUCAGAGUCCGCCUGCUUUGGCGGGCGAUACCGUUGGCACCAAAUGCAGAACACCAAUGGUCGUCUGAAAUGUGGACCUUCAAUUCACUCCUUGUGGCCUGGCCCGCGUCACAGGCGUUCCUCUCGUUGGCUGAAGCAUCUGUCCUCCCUUCCACACCUCGAAUUGACACAGCACCCACUGGCUCAUGUUUAUGGGGGCAUAGUAUCACUCCGAUAGAUCGCCGACGAGACCUGGACGCUGGGAAUCGAUCCACAAUUGUCACUGUAACUAUUGAUUGGAAUUGAAUAGAGACGUCAACAUGCCCGUCGUCAUUU